AUGAAGCUGUCAACUGUGUCGCUCCUGGCUGUUGCCCCAAGCUCAAUGGCCAUGAGUCUGCCUUCGCUUCAUGACUUGACCCCCAAUUUGAUACCCAGACAAUCCUCCUGCCAGAACUCUGCUACUUCGCGCGGUUGUUGGGGUAACUUCGGCAUCGACACCAACUAUUACGAUGUCUUCCCUAAUACAGAUAUCACCCGUGAAAUAUGGCUUUCUAUCCAAGAGGGACCUUGUGCCCCGGACGGAGUCAAUACGACGUGCCAGACUAUCAAUGGAACAAUUCCUGGCCCCCUCAUCAUGGCUGACUGGGGAGAUCGUCUCAAUAUACAUGUUACCAACAACCUACCGGUCAACGGAACCGCCAUCCAUUGGCAUGGGAUCCGCCAGCUCAACUCGGUGGCUGCGGAUGGUGUGCCGGGGGUGACGCAGUGCCCUAUCGCUCCAGGAACUUCGCUCACAUAUAGUUUCCACCUUACACAAUACGGUACCACUUGGUAUCACAGCCACCUGAGUUUACAGUAUGGCAUGGGCCUCCUCGGGCCCAUGAUAAUCAACGGCCCGGCAACAGCGGACUACGACGAAGACCUCGGAACGGUGCUCCUGCAAGACUGGUCGCACAAGACCGCAUUCGCGCUCUGGGACACGGCCAAGCAGGGCGCCCCACCAACCCUGGAUAAUGGUCUUAUCAAUGGGACGAAUACUUAUAACUGCACCUCCUUGGACACAUGCACAGGUAUAGUUGGCAGGAAGUUUGAGGCCAGGUUCGAGGCUGGCAAGAAGUACCGAAUCCGGCUCAUCAACGGCGCCAUCGACGGACAUUUCCAGUUUAGCAUUGAUGGCCACUCUCUCCUUGUGAUAGCCAACGACCUUGUGCCCAUUAAGCCUUAUAAUGCUGACUCGGUGCUGCUGACCAUGGGCCAGCGGUACGACGUCAUCGUCGAGGCGAACGCCACACCCGGCGACUACUGGCUCCGUGGCAAUUGGGUCGACGCGUGCAUGACCAACGCCAAUCCGAGGAACAUAACGGGCAUCGUCCGGUAUGACAACAGCAGUACCGCGACGCCUAGCACCACCUCUGCCGUCACCACCUCCGCGACCUGUAACGACGAGCCAUCUGCGAGCCUCGUGCCGCAUGUCGCCCUGGACGUUGGCACUGUGACCCAAACCGCUACAGAAAAUCUUGAUUUCAAGUUUGAUACCUACUUCAAGUGGACACUCAAUGGCAGCAGCUUGCUCCUGGACUGGGCGACCCCUACGCUGGACCGGGUCAUCCUUGGCAACACUACUUUCCCUACCGAGUACAAUGUUGUCUCGGUCAAUGGCACGUCGUCUGAUUGGGUCAUGCUUGUGAUCCAGGACAGCACUGGAUUCGGUUUGUUCCAUCCGAUCCACCUGCACGGUCACGAUUUCUGGGUCCUCGCCCAAGAUAUCGGGACCUUCGACCCGACUACCACCAACAUCACCACAACUAAUCCGCCUCGUCGUGAUGUAGCAACACUCCCUGGCAAUGGGUAUCUCGCAAUAGCGUUCAAGGUGGACAACCAAGGCACUUGGCUGGCUCAUUGUCAUAUAGCGUGGCACGCAUCUGGAGGCUUUGCUCUGGAGUUUAUAGAGAGGUCGAGUGAGAUAGUUGGAGCCAUGCCGACUGGAGAUCAGAUCGCCGUGAGAAGCACAUGCCAAUCUUGGGGAUCAUUCAACCAGCUCGUCCAGCAGGAUGAUUCUGGGAUUUGA